AUGGCAGCGAUUCAGAAUGCGAUAGCGGCAGGCGCGGUUCCUAGCCAUGUAUCUAAUGUCUGCCCGGAAGGCACCAAAGUUUAUUUGCUUGAGGUCGGUUGGCUGGAAAGCGAUGAGGCUUGGGUAGUAACUGGCGGGAAUGGCUCUCUGAAAAGUACCGAGGGGGAAGUGUUUGCUAAUAAGAGACGAGAGCUUCCGAUGUAUUGCGUUUUAAUUGACCACCCAUUAGAGGGUCUAAUACUAUGGGAAACAGGAUGCGGCAUGAACUAUCCGGAGACACCUGGUGGAAUGGAUAUUUUUGUUCGAGUGCGAUAUGAGCCAAAACAUGACUUGACCGCAGCAAUUGCAGCCACCGGAAACAAGAUAGAGGAUGUCAAAAAGAUGCAAGUUCUCAUGACACUUUUGCGUAACCUGGCUGAUUAUUUGCAAGUAUCCUUGGCCAUAUGCAUUUGGACCAUGCUGGUAAGUCGACUCCAAUCAAUCUUAAAGCCUGUGACCCGUACUGACGCGAGUCUAGGAGGACUUGAUCGAUUUAUUGGACGGAAAGAUGUCGAAAUCUGGGUCCACGAUGUCGAACUUCGAUCGGCCUUUUGGUCUGUUGCAACUGGAGCAGAUGAAGGCGUUUACUUGAAGGACUAUUUGGAUGUAAGCUGCCGUUAUUUUUCGGGAUGAGUAAUGCUAACAAGAGAUCGUAGCUGUCUUUAAACUGGAAGACGUUUGAUGAGAGGACAAUUGACUUUUGUCAAGGGAUCGUGAGCGUCGUGGAAGCAUUCAGUUCCUUUAUAUGCUAAUCUGAGUUGUAGACUUUGCACCAUCUUCCAGGCCACACGGAAGGGCUUGUAGGAAUGCAGCUGAAUCUGCUGAAUUCUGGGACAUUCUUCUUCAUUUCAGACCAUUGUCAUGUGAUCGAAAACGUAAAUAAAAAAUUCCGAAAUCUUAGAAGUAAGCUUACACGAACGGCAGUGGCGAGAUGGAAUUCCCCAGGGAUGGCUCGCACGGUAGGUUUCUACCUCAAAUGUUAUUUUUGGUACUAACUGAGUUCAUGUAGAAAUCAUCCCGCAUGGUUUCAAUCUACACAACGUUUGAAGCGAUUGCAAUCAACCACAAAGGGCCGCGUAAUUCCGGUGAGUACCUAAACCCAGAGAUAGAUUAGCUGCUACAAGGUUCUAAUCAGGGACUGUAAUAUAGGGACAUGACAAAGAGACCUUUCUACAACUACAAAGUGAAAUAAAAGAAUAUCUGAGUUGAGGGAUUACAGAUAAACCUAGAUAUAAGGAUAUUCGUAGGGGCAAAUUGCGUAAGGAUAUAAACGAGGUUAUCCUUAUAUCCAGUAUCCUUAUAUCCAGGUUUAUCUGUACAAUGGGAAUCAAGGACUAUCUUGAAGGCAAUGUGGUGGACAGAGAGCGAGUAGAAAGCGGGAUCAGGGAUACAGUACACAAAUCCCUUGUGGGAGGGAGAGUAAAGAGAUAGGUAGAAUUUAAUGAAAGCAGAAAGCAAAC